AUGUAGACGCGCUGCCCCGGGAAAAUUCCACUUCCGUAGUGGGUUGUUAAUCGAAGCCGUGUCCAGAGUUUGAGAGCCAUGGAGAAAAUAACAGAGAAGCUUUUAUUGGGGAAAGGCUCCCCGAAAACCAACAAGCUGGAACAAAUCAAAACUCUAAAUCUAUCUAAGAUGGGGCUGAAGCUUGAGGACCUUCCCGUGAAACUGCUUUCCCGUCUGAAGUCCCUGGAGCGCUGGGAUCUGUCUGGAAACAGACUGCAGGAGUUCCCAAAGUGUUUGGAGCUGCCUGCGCUGCGGUGCCUGGACCUGAGCGACAAUCAGAUGGAAGACGUCACCACCCUGGGGUCCCUGAGGGGUCUGGAGGAGCUCAAGAUGGAAGACAACCUUUAUAUCACUCCGGUAUCUCUGAAGCCGCUGCACGUUCUGCAGUGCCACAGUAAACAGGACAGCUCAGAGGACUUCUCCACCCAGCUGUGGGCCUGCGCCUUCCAGCCGCUCUCAGAAUCUAAUGGAGGGAACCGCUUGGUAGCAACGUGUGGAGGAGACUCUGUCUGUGUGAUUGACUGUGAAAUGGGGAUGGUGAUGAAGAAGUACAAAGUUCCAGGAGAGGAGUUCUUCUCCCUGGCCUGGUCCACCGUGUUGAUGUCCAGAGGAGGCAGCGCUCCAUCUCAGGCCUGCAGCAUUCUUGCCGCCGGGGGGAAGAGAGGACUCGUCAAACUGAUCCACCCCAGGAACAACGUGGCGUACGGCGAGUUCAGAGCCAGCCGGAAGUCUCUGUCCGUUCUCCGCUUUAACCACCGACAGGGAAACUUCCUCUUCA